GAUAAAACACAAGAAAGCACCUUACCCACUAUUAGCCAAUCCCAUGGCUGCCAUUCUCUCUUCAUCAGCCCGCCUCUCCUCCACCUCCACCGCCCAAAAACCACCACAAACCCCAUCGCUGUCCAAAACCCACCUGCCCAUUUCCCCGCCCAACAAGCCGCACCUUACAACACUAGCUGCCACCAUUGCAGCCACCACCAUAUUAACUGCCACCACCCCUUCCCUGGCAGACCCUUCACAAACAUUCCACAUCUACUACGGCACCGCAGCCAGUGCCGCCAAUUACGGCGGAUAUGGUGGUAACUCGGACAAGAAAGCUUCUGCUGAGUACGUCUAUGAUGUCCCUGAUGGAUGGAAAGAACGUUUAGUCUCCAAAGUUGAAAAAGGUACUAAUGGAACUGAUAGCGAGUUCUACAAUCCAAAGAAGAGAACUGAAAAGGAGUACUUGACAUAUCUUGCUGGUUUCCGGCAGCUAGCUCCAAAAGAUUCCGUGUUAAACAACUUGGCCUUGUCUGAUGUGGACUUGCAAGACUUGAUAUCUGGUGCAGAUAGUGUGGUGAGUGUAGAGGAGAAAGAUGGGAAUGGACAACUGUAUUAUGUUUAUGAGAUUGAUGGGGUUGGGAAACAUAGCUUGAUCAAGGUUACUUGUGCUAACAAUAAGCUAUAUGCUCAUUUUGUCAAUGCACCAACACCUGAAUGGAAUAAGGAUCAAGAGACUUUGAGGCAUCUUCACCAGUCAUUUAAGACUGUUGUCUAAUAUUAAAGGGGAGGUGAAAGGUUUGGUUUAAUACGAGCUGAAGCUUAAUUGCUUGUUUUGAGUAUGUUUGAUCUUAGAAUUUCAUGUAAAGUAAAGACUUCUUGUUUUAAUAACACCUUUUGUUGUAUCUUA